AUGUUUUUGCCGGGACCUCUAGGGUUGAUGUUCGAGUUCUAUUUUGAGCGCUAUGCGCAAGGGAGCCAAUCGGCGGUGAUUGCCGAUCUUGGCAAGUUGAUCGUCGACAAUUGUCCACCUAUGCUAUGUACAGGAUUGGAUUGCGCCGUGGUCACAGAACGAAACGGCUGCCAACUCUGUGCAUGUCCAAUUGGAUCACCAGCCAGAGGAUGCGAUCCGAUGCCGUUCAUACUUUGGCACGAUUUGAUCGUUAACGGUUGUCCCAAUGUCACGCUCAACAGCCGCGAUCCUGCACAGAAAGUACACCUCAAUCGCUUCACAAACACUGAUCAAUGUGAGCCGUACAUCUUCCCUUACUGCCCAGAACUCGAUUUCAACCUCUGGAGAUCACCUCGUACAAAGCAGGAAUGUGAACUCUAUUGCUACUCGGUGGAUGAGCAGAGAAAACGUGGUAUUAUUUAA